CCAACUUGUUACCACUCGUCUGUGGUAUGGACAGAUUCGCGGUAUUCUGUGUUAUUUCAUUAGUGUUUAUAGAUCGGACGGUAUAAAAUUGUUCUACACAGUAAUUUUGGUCGCACUCUAGCAAAAUGAUACGAAUUGGUUUGGUUAUUUUUGUGUUUGUUGUUAUCAAUCAUAGCUUGGCUGAUGGUGAGCAAAAUGGCAACCUGAUACAAAGACAAAAACGUUCACCACAUUACUACGGUCAGUCAUACUGGCCACCGCCGCCACCGCCACCACCGCCACCGCCACCACCACCACCACCACCACCACCGUACUGGCCACCACCACCACCACCACCAUACUGGCGCCAUCACCGCCACCAUCACCACCACAGCGGCGAGGACGACUACAACGAGUAUAAAACAAAAGAAACAACUAUAUAUAAAACAAAAACCUAUGUUAAAGGACAAAAUAACUUUGGCAACGGAUAUCCACAGGGUGACGCUGGGCAAUUUGGCCAGAACAACCCUGGGGUAGCUUUUGGUCAGGGGAACGCUGGGCUAAGCUUCAGCCAGGGUGCCACUGGAGCUGGUUUUGGCCAGAACGCUCAAUUAAUUGACGGUCAAAGUGACGCUGGUCUAAUUGACCCUAGUCAGGGUAAUGCUGGUCUAUACCCCCCGGGUAACGUAGGGUUGGGUAACCCACCGUGUGACACGUGCAAAGGGAAGAGUACAGCAGUGAGUAAUGCUCAGAGUGGCACGGGGAACGCCGUCGCCAUUGCUAUUUCUAGAUCCAAGGCGAGAUAACUUUACACAAUUUACAAGAUGAAAAUAGCAGUUAUGAGGAUGAAGUUUUUCAUAAAGAGAGCGAACUUCAAAAAACAUGUCAAUAGCCACGAACCAAACAAAUAUAAAUUAAUAUUUUUUUAUAGCGAGCAUUUAUUACAGUUAUUUGCGGAAAUGAAAAGGUAACUAGUUAUUAUUAAUAUUACCUAGUUUGCAAUAUUAUGUAAGCUCUUUAAUGUUAUAUAUCAUAGUGAUAUAGUUUAAGUAAGUCGUAGCCACGAAUUAAGGAAAUAUAAAUUAAAUACCUGUAUUUUGAAUAUUCGUAGUAGAGUAGGUUCUGAUUUUAAAAAACAAAACGGCAAAAUCGACAAAUUACUGCUUACUCUGGUAUGUAAGCUUUAUAAUAUCUUUGAAAGAAGCGGUAUUAAUGUCACUCUUGGGCCAGGCUUAUACAAUAAACUUAGGAAGUCAUAAAUAUAUAGGAAGUCAGUAGAUCGUAGAUUAAGUAUUUUUGUAAAA